AAUUAUAUAAUGUAGAACUUCAUAAAUCAGCGACGCAAGAAUUGAAAGUGUCAAGUUUAAAGGCCAUGGGCGAAGGUAGUGAUGACAAUGACGAUGAUUUAGAUAACCAAGAUGAAAUAAUGGAAGAAUUAGACUCUAAAUUAAUGAUGUAUUUUGAACAGCAAAAACUAGAAAAGGCAAAGAAAAAAGACGCAAAAUAUCAAAAAAUUCAUUUUAAACAUAAAGUUAUUGGACUAUUACGGGUCUUUAUUCGGUCCCAACCGACUAAUCCACUGAUUUUUGAACUACUUAUUCCUUUGCUUGAACUUUCUAAGAAUGCAAAAACCGACGAAAUUGCAAAAAGUGCAUUUUCUCUGAUAAACUUGAAAGUCAACGUUAUAAAAGAUAUGCCCAGCCAAUUUGAUGAUGAUCGUGUUCUCACCUUAUUGCAACAAACACAUCAUAUGGCUCUAAAAGCUUGCUACUGCGACCUGGCAACUUUGUGUUGGAAAACUAGUACCUUUCUGCUCAAAUCUCUGAUAAAAUGUCAUACAGACGACUUGAACAAUGACGCAGGGGAUUUGCACUUAAAUAAAAAAGUAAAAAAAAUCGUCAGUAUUUAUGAGUCUACAUAUGAAAAGUGGAUUAGAAAGUCCGGUUGUUUAAAUAUGAAAUCUUUUUCGGAGUUGCCAAAUCACAUACCUAAAAUUCCAUGGUACCAAACAAAUAUUUUCCUCGGGUUUACUGAUCCAACGACCGCAAAGAAUCCAAAGAAAGUAAUGAAUGCGUAUGAUAUUUCAGCAUCUAUUUUUAAUAAUGCUACAGCAAAAAAGAACAAGGAACUGCUAGAUGAUAGUGUUACUAAUGCACUUGUACAGAAAUCGCGAGAGUCUCUCAAGGCUACAUUCCAAUUUGUGUCUCAGGACUUGCAAUGCGGAAAGAGACACUUCGAUUCUCAAACGUUAAAAUCAGUAAUGAAAUUUGCGACUCUGGCAAUGAGAAAGACAAGUGCUAACGUGCCUAAGGAUAAGAUUAAAAGUACAUGGGACGCGGAUCGUCUUCAACCGUUAUUAGAAAAUAUUAAAGAGCUUCCAAGAUUCAAAUCUUCACAAACAAUUAGAGACUCUAUUGAUGAAAUAAUUCGUAUUAUUUCAUGA